AUGUCAAUUGUUGUACAACUUCAUGGCGAGGCAGAGAAGAGUCUCUCCAGAUCAGAACUCCUCAAGAAACACCAGCAUAAACCCACAGGGAAGAGAACUCACUGCUGCUCUGACUGUGGGAAAAUAUUCAACUCCUCAUCAAACCUUAAAAUACAUCAAAGAAUUCACACAGGAGAGAAAUCUUAUGGCUGUGAUCAAUGUGGGAAGAGUUUUACUCUGCUUCACACCCUGAAAUCACACCAGAGAUCACACACAGGAAAUAAAUCGUAUAGCUGUGAUCAAUGUGGGAAGAGUUUUACUACAUCUAUCAAUCUAACUAUACACCAGAGAACACACACAGGGGAGAAACCAUAUAGCUGUGAUCAAUGUGGGAAGAGUUUUACUACAUCUAGUUAUCUAACUAUACACCAGAGAACACACACAGGAGAGAAACUUUACAUCUGUGAUCAAUGUGGGAAGAGAUUUAUUCUGCUACAAACCCUGAAAUCACACCAGAGAAUACAUUCUGGAGAUAAACCUUUUGGCUGUGAUCAAUGUGGGAAGGGUUUUACUACAUCUAGCUGUCUAACUAUACACCAGAGAACACACACUGGAGAGAAACCUUAUAUCUGUGAUAAAUGUGGGAAGAGUUUUACUACAUCUAGCAAUUUAACUAUACACCAGAGAACACACACAGGGGAGAAACCAUAUAGCUGUGAUCAAUGUGGGAAGAGUUUUACUACAUCUAGCUAUCUAACUAUACACCAGAGAACACACACAGGAGAGAAACCUUACGCCUGUGAUCAAUGUGGGAAGAGAUUUAUUCUGCUACAAACCCUGAAAUCACACCAGAGAAUACAUUCUGGAGAGAAACCUUUUGACUGUAAUCAAUGUGGGAAGAGUUUUUCUCACCCAAGCAGCCUGAUAGUACACCAGCGGGGACACACAGGAGAGAAACCUUUUAGCUGUGAUCAAUGUGGGAAGAGUUUUUCUACAUCUUGCAAUCUAACUAUUCACCUGAGAACACACACAGGAGAUAAAUCUUAUAGCUGUGAUCAAUGUGGGAAGAGAUACUCUGAUAAAAGAUCUCUGAUUAAACAUCGGAAAAUACAUACAUGAAGGAGUUGUUUCAUGAUAUCAAUGAAAUAAUGUCACAAUGCAGAAUGUUUUAACAUUGUAGUAGCAGUAUUUGAAUGAAUGUCAGAAUGUAGAAUGAACCCUAAACGUUUGCCCCCUGUUCAGUUGAUAUUAGCCUCAGCGGAAAAAUCAAGGCUCUGAAUUGAAAGAGUACUAUUUAUGUGAUUUAACAUAAAGGGACAAAAUAAAUUGUGUUACACUUA